UCAAAAGUUAUAUUUCAUACGAAAAAAAACAGGCAAAAGAGAACCUAACUUUGGUUAAAAACAUUUAGAAUGAUUAUUUGCAAAAGCUUCUAAGGAAGGGUGGGAGAGAGAAUCUUUGCAUUUCACUCUUUCUCCCAGUCAGAGGAAUGAUGCCCGGAGGAGCAUGUGCACCAAGCGAGCGCUUGUUUGGAGUUUGCUGGUUCUUUCUGUUGUUGAUAUGGGACUUGGAGUGUCCAGCAUCACUCUUGGCGUGCUGGGGAUCAGAGCUCUGUUGGUACAGAAGAGCCAAACUUCGUAUUCCACACCGAUAUGGAGCGGCGUGUGUUUCCUCAUCUGUGGAGCCUGUGGGAUAUUGUGUGCCAAGAAGAGAACUGGAUUUACAAUGAUCCUGUUUUCAGCCUGCUGUAUCUGUGGACUUAUCGGGGGAAUUCUCAACGUCCAAUUUGUGCGAGCGAUGGUGAAGCGGGUGAACAAUCUGCACUCUCUGCAUCUCACCUUCCUCUGCCUGGCCGCCCUGGGCAUCUUGGGCUGCACCCUCUCCACCUGGCUGACCUGCAGGCUCGCCAGCUAUGAGCAGAAGAGACUGUUUCUGGAAAGAGAUCUGUCCUUGCAUCAUUCAGUCGAGAUGAAGUCGCCGUGUGGUAGUCCCGUUGGCUCAGUUUAGAAACGUUUAUUGUUAAUGCGUUCAUUGUGUUUAUUGUAAUGCACCUGGAGUCGGAUGUAGAACGAAUCUGCCUAGUCAUGCUGGCUCAGGUCAAUGUUUUAUGUCAAUGUUAUGUGAAAUAAAUCCUGUAAUGAUGAGCCAUUUGUGUUUGGGGUGUAAGUUUAAAGUUAGGUAAUGCUAUAGUGGUGAAGACUUGAAGGACUUUGUGAUCAGGUGGAUUUUCAUUUUCUAGCUGUGAUUACCUGAAAGGUCACCAAAAUGUGAUCUACAGUAUAUUUUCUUUGUACCUCCUAAGGGUAGCAGACUUGUGCGGUCUGUUGACCUCCUCAUGCCACUCACAACACCACCUCACUGUCAUAAUGCUCCCAACCUUUGUAACUGACGACAAACAUGCACGUCAAUGAAACGGUGAAUAUUAUCUGAAGUCACGAUACAACAGCGGCAUCUGCUGGUGAAAUGUGUCAGUACAUGAUAAAAACAGAAGGCAGUGCAGAAUUAAU